UUUGAAUGUAAAGGUCGUGGAAAUUACAAACAUAACAUUUAUGUAUAUACACUAUGAAACAUUCCAUGCACGUCUUACGUUAUUAAAAGAUGAUGCCUUUCCACAAAUAACUCCGGUUUUAUCGUAAGAUUUUCUGUGUACUUCCAAUUGGUUUUUGGGUGACACAAAAAGGAAGAAAGCAAAAAAAAAAAAAAAAUUGUUAACGGGAGAAUGGCGGACAAUCAGGAUUUACCGGUGCCGACGGUUCAAAACAUACUGGACCAGAAGAACCUGAAGUGGGUUUUUGUUGGCGGCAAAGGAGGUGUGGGUAAGACCACAUGUAGCGCCGUUAUAUCGAUCCUCUUGGCUGGGGUCCGACCCUCUGUGUUGAUUAUAUCCACGGAUCCUGCUCAUAAUCUCAGCGAUGUUUUCCAACAAAGAUUCAUAAAGACACCCACGUUAGUCAAUGGCUUCAGCAAUCUAUAUGCCAUGGAGGUGGAUCCUGCAUCAGAAGAAGAUGAUGUGAGUGGGGGUGAAGGAAUGGAUGAUUUAUUUUCGGAUUUGGCAAAUGCAAUUCCAGGAAUUGACGAGGCUAUGAGCUUUGCAGAGAUGCUUAAAUUGGUGCAAACAAUGGAUUACUCUUGCAUUGUAUUUGAUACUGCCCCGACCGGGCAUACGCUCCGGCUUUUACAGUUUCCGGCUACCUUAGAGAAGGGACUUGUAAAAGUGAUGGCGUUGAAAAGCAAAUUUGGUGGCUUAUUGGGUCAGAUAACCCAUCUUUUCGGGAUUGAUAAUGAAUUUGGGGAGGAUGCACUUGUGGGGAGGCUUGAAGGCUUGAAAGAAGUGAUUGAACAAGUUAAUAAGCAGUUUGAAGACCCAGACUUGACAACCUUUGUCUGUGUUUGCAUCCCAGAGUUCCUCUCUCUGUAUGAAACAGAGAGACUGGUGCAGGAACUCACCAAGUUCGAGAUAGAUACACACAAUCUUGUCAUUAACCAAGUAAUUUUCGAUGAUGACGAGGUCGAGUCCAAGUUAUUAGAAGCAAGAGUACGGAUGCAACAAAAGUAUCUCGAUCAGUUUUACAUGUUAUAUGAUGAUUUUCACAUCAUUAAGCUUCCACUGUUGCCAGAAGAGGUUACUGGGGUUGAAGCACUGAAAUCAUUUUCGCAUAAUUUCCUCACACCGCAUGGACCGGCCAUCGUCCGAGGAACAAAAGAAGAACUCGGGCGAAGGAUAUCGGCGUUAAAGAAACAUAUAUCGGGUGCGGAAGCUGAACUUGAGAAACAUGGAUAAUUAAAC